AUGGCUUUCCGUCACUUUUAUCUUAAAACUUUCAAUAAACAAAUUUCAUUAAAUCAUUAUAUACAACCAUCCUUACUUUCAACAUGUUUAAUUGUUCAAAAGAGAACUGGAACCGCUAAACCAAAAACCGCCGCCGAACAGACAUUAUCUACAAGUUUUACAAAAAAUAAAGAACUUUACUUGCCUCCUCCAGCUAUAACUUUAGAAGAAAUGUUACCGGAGGUAUAUACUGAUGAAAAUAUUGGUAAAAUUUAUCGCUUUCCUCCGGAAAUCAUUCCAAAAAUUGAAAUUUUUAAAUUUCCUCCUAUUUUAGAACAAGAACUCUCUCCAUUACCUUACCCUUCUUUAGCAAUUCGUCAAUCAUCAAUUCAAUUAACAAACCUAAUUGAAAAUGCUUCACAAAAAUCAAGCACAGAAACCAGAAUUAUUUUAUCUGGAGAAAUGGGUGUAGGAAAAAGUGCCUUACUACUUCAAACUAUUAAUUAUUUUUUAUGCAAACCAUGGAUCGUGAUAUACAUUCCAUUCGCUAUCAAGUUUAUAAAUAGUUCUUAUCCAUAUAUAAAAAAUAAGAUAACAAAUGAAUUUGUUCAGCCUACUUUAUCAGCAGAGUUAUUAAAACAAAUCAAAGCUGUUAAUGGUAAACUUUUACAAGAUUUAACAUUAACAAGAGAUUAUAAAUUAAACAAAUAUACAAUAAAAAGUAAUUCUCCAGUAAUAGAACUUAUGGACAUUGGAAUCAAGGAUAUAAGUUGUGCUUUUCAAGUAUUUGAAAUUUUUUUGGAUGAAGUUGGAAAGAAUGUAAAUUAUCCAAUUCUUUUAGCCGUUGAUGUAGUUAAUGCUUUUUACACUGCGACUGAAUAUACCGAUGUUGAUGAUACCUAUCUCGAUCCUGAUAGAUUAUCAGUUCCACGUACAAUAUUGGAUUAUUUUGCUGGAAAACGUGAUUUUACAUAUGGUGCAAUAAUAGGUGCUUUAUCUCAAUGUCAUAAACCAUAUAUUAGUAAACCGUUAAAUAUUGCUCUUGGAUUAUUAGCUCCAUCUCCAUGGAAACAAUAUCCUCAAAAUAUUUUAAAUUACGCUGUUGGAUUACAAAGGUUUGAUGUUCCUAAUUAUUCUCAAACUGAGGCAAAAGGUGUUUUAGAUUAUUAUUGUGAUGGUUCAUCAAUAUUACAACAAUCUCGUGAUAAACUGUUUCAAAAAACUUUCAUUGCAACAAAUGGAAAUCCACGAAAACUUUAUUUGUCUUGUUGGAAAGGAUUAUAG